AUGUUUUCUAUAACAAUACCUGGUUCACUGCAUCCCAAUAAUAAGGAUGUUUUAUCAUGGUAUAGCUUCAAAUUUGUGAAAAUUAUAUCGCUGCAUAACGAUAUAAAAGUUGUGGCUAUUUGUAGGAAUGAAAAAAGUCUACUUGUAUACGCAUCGCACUGUACAGUUGUUGUAAUUGAUGUUCUUCGUAUGAAAAUUAUUCAUACUCUUCAGCGACACACAGCAACCAUUACACGUAUAUGUUGUUCUCCUGAAGAUGAAGUUGGUCUUCCAGUCGAAGUACGAAUGCUUUGUGCAUCUGCUGAUACAAGUGGUGUUGUAGUUGUGUGGGAUAUAUCGGAAGGUGUUGAACAAUCGUGUUUUUCUAGUGAGAAUAGUACGGUGUUGGACCUUUGUUGGUUCCUUUGGGGAGAUGCAAGUCGUGAUUUUCUUCUAGUUUUGCACUCUCCUAGUAAUCUGAUUUUGUGGAACACAGUGACUGGUCAUCGCAUUUGGAAUGUGAUAUAUGCACCAGCUUUAAGUAGUUUUUCAGUCGAUCCAUUCUACUGGAGCAAUAUAACAUUUGGGGUAACUGAUGGUUCCAUUCUGCUCAUAAACGAUGUUGAGCUUCAUAAAGCACCAUCAAAAAAAUUUUUGCUCUUAAAGAUAUUCAACAUGGCGUCUGUUACAGUGCCUAUUACACAAGUUGUAUAUAGCAACGCUUUUCCUCAUCUUGUUUUUGCAUACACACAAAAUGAGAUUGCAUGUGUGGAAAUGGAAUGUCUCUGUGUUAUUUGGCGUUACGUUUUUGAUUCAUCGAUAUUGCGUUUGAUGAGCAUUAGCGAACGCGAUAUUAUUGUCACCGCACAUUCAAACGGAACUAUUGCAUGGAGAGCAGGGAAAAUCACAAAAGACGAAAAAGGCAAAACGUCAUUGCACUAUGAACUAUUAUUUUCUGGCGAAACACAGCGGCAAAACCUUCUCCAUCGCAUCGUUGCCGUGGCAUUAUGUCCUGUCACACAAACAACUAUUGCGCUGUUGUAUAGCUCAGGAAAUAUUUCUUUAUAUCAACUGGGUUUGAAAGAAGAACCUAUGUUAAUGCCAUAUCGGGCUUCAUAUAUUACCGAUAUUUUCAGCUAUGAUGAAAAUUUAUUUUGCACUGCAGUUGGUUGUUUAAAAAUGUCGAAUAUUGCCCAGAUAUUUUCAUUGGGUCAUGGAGCGACAACUGUACGAAUGCAACCUAUGCAAUCUGUUUUUGAAGAGGGACUUCAUAAAAUGCGAAACCUCGCUGCAGUUGGUAGUAAUCAAGGAAUUGUACGUUUGGUGGAAGUUCCAGCAGGAAUAAUUUUUCGAGAACUUCAUAUUCAUACUUGUCCAGUCAAGUGUUUAGAUUGGGGUGGACCGCAUAAGCUUAUUUCAGCAGCACAUGUUCAUUCUUUGAGUUCAUCACUUGUCAAGAAUGACAUUUUUGUGACUGAUAUUCGUACAGGUGAAAGUAGGAGAUUGCGACCAGAAGUAGAGGAAACACCAGUAGAGAUGUUGCGGGUAUCGUUUUAUCAUUCUUACAUUGCCAUCGGUUUUCGUAGUGAACCGUUAGAAAUUUGGCAUUUGAAGUCUAUGCGACUUUUACGAAGGAUGUCUCGAACAUGUCCCAUUAUUGUUGACAUGGCUUGGUCAGGAAAACAUCAUGCAGCAAAACAUAUUGGAAAAGAAGGUCAACCGGUAUUUCGAGAAAAUUUAGUUGUUUUAGAUGAAGAGUGUCAUCUAUAUCACGUGGUUGUGAAAGGUUUGCACGUGAGAGAUGGUAAAGAAGUCAAUUCACAAUGGAAGAGUGGUGCAGCUGUGAAGUGCCUGGUGUGGAAAGACGAUCUCCUAGCAAUGGGUGAUACAUCGGGCCGCUUGGGUGUAUGGGAUUUGGGUCGAAGACACUGUCAGCAAACACGAGGUUCUGUACGAGGACCGAUUUUGAAACUUGUUUUUUCACACAUUUCUGGUGAUUAUACUCUUGCGGUUUUGCACCAGCAUUCCGUUGUUUUAUGGAAUUCUGAAGAACUCGUCGUGUUACAGCAGUACAGUAAUAAUUGCACAUCCCUUUCUUUUUUGGAUAUUGAUUUAUGUGGUCUUUGUCCCCUAAUAGUUAGUUCGGAUAAUUCUUUCCGUCACCUGUCGCUUAUUUCUUCUGAAGUUCGUCGUUCAUCAGAAUCUCCUCUUUUACUGGAAGUUAGCUCCUCCCAGUUGUUAACAGAGGUUUUGAACGAUGACAAAGCAGUUAUUUUCUUGCAUGAACUUUUGAGAGUGAUUAUGAGGAAUUCGCCUGAUAAUGGUACCUUUCAUAUAUAUCCAUUAGUUCAUCGACUUUAUGGCGAACGAUGGUUAUAUGAUCUGUGGUCGGUAGUAAUAUCUUCAAUUCAACAUACGCCUCUCUCAUCACGACUGCAGUUGUUCUGGAAACCAUCGUAUUUACAACGACGAGCUUCUCAAAUUCUUGCGUGUAUGAUGAAUUUACAGGAUUUGAGCUCUUCACAAACUGACAUUUUGGUUCAGUACGCCAUUAUUUUACAGAAACGAGACUGGGCAAUGCAGUUGUUGCUGGGAUCAAGAGAAGACUGUCGCACUUGUGCUUUGCGUGCUUGCCUUCUUGCUUCAGAUGUUUCUUCAGAAGGAGCUCAAAGCAUCAUUAAAUUGGUUGCAACAAAUCUGAUCGCAAAUGAAUGUAUGACAGAUGGAGUACAGAUGCUAUUUUUAAUUGGACAUUAUGAUGAUGCCUUCCGUUAUUUACAGUCGCACGGUUUGUGGAGCAAAAGUUUCUAUCUUGCAAAGCUCGGUUUCAAUACGUGGAAAGAUGUUGGAGAAAAGUGGUUGGAACAUCUAACAUCAUCGAAAUCUCAAAAAAAUUUAUGUUGCGUGCUGGCUGCUAACGUUGGAAAUUGGAAAAGACUUUCAAAACUUUUGUCACAGUAUUCAAAAGUUACAGUAGUUCGCUAUUUGCUCGAAACUUUGGCAGCUCAUUCACCUUGUAUUUAA